UGAUCUUUCCUCCAAGCAGCGAUCGCACACUAGCCAAUGGACGCUCACAGCCACAGUCGCGUAUGGCCAAAGCUGACUCCAGUGACUCUUGAUCGCCAACAACCUUCGACGCCGACCUCGAACAGUUCACGAGCGCGUUCAGGCUCCCCACCCGUUGCUAUGUCAGGCAGAGCAUCCUCGUCGCGCAGGUCAGGGGCGGCGAAGGAUAUGCAAACAACACCAAGAGCUCGCGCUCGGCCAAGCGCAAAUCGCACUGGCAGACAAAGCCAACCGCAGCGGCAACAGCAGUCUCAGCAGCAACAAGUCGAUGCUACGCCGCGUCGAACAGCGCAAGGGCUGCUUGGAGAUGCGCCCACACCUGCCAGAUCGCUUUCUCAGCCUCCACCCAUCAACGUUCUCAGGCGCUCCUUGGCUGCCCAGACGCCUGCUACACCGCGUCGUGGUGGUGCAGCAGCUGGGAGCUCCUACAAUGUGGCGACACCAGGUAGUGCAGGCGGGGCUGACAGGAGCAUGAGCAUCAUGGCCAGCGCAAAGCGAGCCCCGGGAUCCGCUCGCAAGCGAAGGUUCAGUUCGUUUGGUGGGUGGGGUACGGGUAGGGAGCAGAGCCCAAUGGAGCUUCUGCGACGUGUAGCAAGAGCCUACCAGCUCCCACCCACCCCAGACGUGCAAGCGAGAGACAUUUCCGCUAGAGACGCAACUUCUCUCGGUCUAUCCCGCGCCACCACAGGACGAUCAUCAGGACGCCGAUCCAACGAUCGUGGAUCUAGCAGUCGAGGGACGAUGCUGCGACCAGGAGAGAGUAUUCCGGGUGACCUCACGCGCGAUGUAGACCUUAGUGUAGGAGAGGAGAGCAGUCUAUCUACUUCCGGAGAGCUUGGACGGAGAAUAGCAGACGGCACCCCACGUUCUGGCAGUAUUUUCGACUCGCUUGCUGCCCAGCGCAGAGGUCACCGCGAAAGUGCAGCGAGCGCUCUGAAUCAGUCUGGUCGCUCGUCUCUCAGGGAUGACUUUUCGCUAGGAGAGACAACAGGCGUUUCGGCGCGUGAGCGUCAACUGGAAGAAAAGCUUCUCGAUCUUGGACCCGACGCUUCGCUCGAUCAACUCGACGAGAUGGCGAGGAGGCACCUAUUUGGCAACGUCAGUCGUAUGAGCACCGGAAGCGGGCGUCUCGACACAACUGGCGACGGCGACUCGGACGACGAUCCGGACGACUCCGACGCAUUCGGCGGAUUUAUCGAUACCAGUGCCAGUCGUAGAAGUCGCGCGAUUAGUGAACCUGCAGCGCCUUCCGCGGAUGUGUCGAUGGACUUUGCUGCCGAUCAGAUGCCUUCAUUCAUGGAGGCAGUGGAUGCAGAUGCUCAAUUGUCAGGUUCGAUCUCGCGCAGUCAGGACCGCUCGAGGUCUGACCGGAGUGGCGCGCUCGAUAGGGACUCUGACGAAUUGGACGAAGCAGCGGUGGACCAGGGCAUUCAGUCAGCAUCAGAUAUCUCGGCUCAGCUUCGCGCCGAGCAGGUGUCUUUGGAUUCGCAUAGCCGAAGUCUGGUGGAGGAUGCAAGCAUGGACCGUCCCAGCCGAAGUCUUGAAGAGCGAGCCAAUCUAAGCGGCUCUCGCAGCUUGGAACAGGAAUAUGAUCGCAGCUUGGAGGCGGAAGAGGGUGAGGAAGAUGACGAUUUGGAGGACGAAGAGGAGGACAUCGAUCCGGAUGCGACUUUGACCCCCGCAGAUCGCCAAAUCGCGCAACUUGCGAUGCUACGCAGACGAUCUACGAAGCGUCGGAAAAGCAGAGUGUCACCAUACACCGGCAAUCCCGUGCCAUCCCUUCCGGCGUCUUUCCUUUCUGGACUUUUCGGGACUUUUGUGACUCCUGCGUCUGCUAUGAGCAGUGCGGCCGCGUUCGGCGCAGGCGCCAAGAACAUAAAGGUGGAGAAAGCCGCUUUGGAUGCGGUGGACGACGCGUCGCACGAGUUCUUCGCUACCUUUUCUCAGAAGCUUGCAGACCAGGCGACAAGAUCGGGUCGCAAUGCUACGAUCACGGAGGGUGACGUGGUGGCAGUGAUGAAAGCCGAGGGCUUCGUGACACCAAGGCAGUCCGUCUCCUCUUUGGCGCGCCGCUUCCUCCCCAAGGAGUUCAGCGACUUGGUCACCCCCCUACCCAAGAGCCAAGGACCAGCGAAGAUCGACAAGGGCAAGAGAAAGGCUGGAGAGGCCAAGAGAAACAAGAGGGAUGACACUGACCCAAGUGCAGUCGGUACCAGCGCGGGCAGAGGUAAUGGCGCUACGAGCAGCAAGGCGAAACGGCACAAGAAGUAAAAUCUUCAAUCUUUGACGCUCAUCACGUGCACUUCGCUUGGCAUACAUUGACUAUGAUAUUGCACCAUGUAGUAUAUCUGAAUGCGUCGUGCGGAUGUGUUCAAAUGGAAGAGUGCUGAG